AUGGUCAAAAAUAUGAAGUGGGAACACAAGGACAAUGGACUCCUCCAUGGAGACAUGUCCUGGAAACCUGAGGUCUUAUAGGAGCAAGCUACUCCACAAGAUUCCACCCAUUAACGUUAUUCCCAAGGACCAGAAAAAGAGCAUGUGGUUAAUACAGGGAGCCCUUAUCAAUGUAAAGGAUGUGGGAAAGUGUUUAGGAAUAAUUGGGACUUAGUAUGGCCUCAGCAGAUUCAUGUUGGAAUAAAGCCCUAUGAAUGUAAGAAGUGUGGGAAGAUCUGUCAGUACAUGGUUGACUUUAUUCAGCAUAUGAGGAAUCAUACCCAGGAGAAACCACACCAAUGCAUGGAGUGCAGGAAGGCCUUCACACAGCUCUCAUCUCACCAGUGGAUGCACACUGGUGACAAACCCUACGAGUGCAUAGAAUGUGGGGGAGCCUUCUCCCAUCACUCCACAUUCAUCUAGCACAAGAUCCACUCGACAGAAAAGCCUUUCCUCUGCAAAGACUGUGGGAAAGCUUUUUACUACAGCUCUUCAUUUGGACAGCACAUGGGGAUUCACACUGGAAAGAAGCUUUACAAGUGCAGCCAGUGUGGGAAGACCUUCACACACUUCUCCACUUUUAUGAAACAUAAGCAGCCCCACACUGGGGAGAAGCUCUAUGUGUGCAAGGACUGUGGCAGCCACUCCACAUUUCUCCACCACAACAUGACCUACACUGGGGAAAAGCCCUUUGUGUGCAAAGAAUGUAGAGAGACUUUUUGUGUUAAUUCCUCCUUUAUUCAGCACAUGAGGAUUCAUACUGGUGAGAAGCCCUAUGAGUGUAAUGAGUGUGGCAAGGCUUUCACCCACCCCUCUGUCUUCAUCCAACACACUCGAGCCCACAGUGGAAUCAAACCGCUGGAGUGCAAAAAGUGUGCCAAAGCCUUUCACUAUAGCUCUUCAUUCAUCUGGCACAUGAGGAUCCACAUUGGAGAGAAGCCAUAUGUUUGUAGAGAAUGUGGGAAAGCCUUUAUGCAACCUGCAAAAUUCCUUCGGCAUAGUAGGAUCCAUACAAAGGAGAAACCCUUUGAAUGCACAGUGUGUGAGAAGGCCUUUUAUGACACCUUUGCCUUAAUUAGGCACAUGAGAAAUCACACAUUACACAAGCCCCUUGAGUGCAGCAACUGUGGGAAAACCUUUAGCCACAACUCAUCCUUCAUUCAGCAUUGAAAGAUCCAAUCCAGGUCUUGA